AUGCCGCUCAACCUACCAACCUGGCGCCGACCCUUCCGCAGCAGUACCACUACUAGUAGUCCUAACGAUGAUGACAACCCAGGAUACCCCGAAAGCCAAGGCCAAGGCGAGAGCGACGAAGAUGUGAAAAGCGACGGCACCCUCCAAUACACGCUCGCGAAGGGCGGCAAUGACUCGCUGCCAUCGUACCAGGAAGCGUCGGGGGCGCCGGUCGAGAGCCGGUCGCCGCUGGGGUAUGCGGUUGGCCCUGCGACCAUUGUGUUCCUGAAUGUCAGCAAGAUGAUUGGCACCGGGGUGUACUCGACUCCAUCGGCUAUCCUCAACGGCACCGGCUCGGUGGGCCUGUCGAUGGUCUACUGGGCGCUGGGCUUCUUCACGUCGCUGGCCAGCCUGUCGGUGUAUCUCGAGUACGCGUCGUACUUCCCCAACCGGUCCGGAUCCGAGGUUGUGUACCUCGAGCAGGCAUAUCCGCGGCCCCGGUGGCUGGUCCCGACCGCGUUUGCCUUCGUGUCGGCCGUGCUGUCCUUCACCAGCGGAAAUGCUAUUGUGCUUGCCCAGUACCUGUUUCGCAUUAGUGGGCAUGUGCCGGGGGACUGGGAGCUGAAGGGCGUUGCCAUUGCCGGAUACACGGCGGCGAUAUUGGUCGUGAUCUUCCAUACCCGCUUCUCGUACUGGGUCUCCAACGCCAUCGGCGCCGUCAAGGUGCUCACGCUCGUCUUCAUCUCGAUCACGGGCCUCGUGGUGCUCGGCGGUCAUGUCUCGCGCGUCCCCAAUCCGCACGCCAACUUCGUCGACGCCUUCAAGGGCCACGCGACGCCCUACGGCCUGACCAACGCCCUGUACCGCAUCAUCUUCUCCUACGCCGGCUACGAGAACGCAUUCAACGUCGUGAAUGAGGUCAAGAACCCAGUCAAGCAACUCCGCCGAAACGGCUUCCUCUCCCUGGCCAUCGUGGCGGUGCUGUACAUCCUGGUGAACCUGGCCUACUUCGCCGCCAUCCCGCAGGCCGACCUGCGCCAGGCCCGGGAGAUCGCCGCCUCCCUGUUCUUCACCAACGUGUUCGGCCCCAGCAACGCCAUCCGCGGCCUCAACUUUCUGAUCGCGCUCAGCUCGUUCGGCAACCUGCUCGCCGUGGCGCUGGGCCAGUCACGGAUGCUUCGCGAGUGCGGUCGACAAGGCGUCCUGCCCUUCCCGCGCUUCUGGGCCUCGACGCGACCCUUCGGCACGCCCCUCGGCCCGUACGCGCUCAAGUACGCGCUGACGGUGCUCAUGAUCGCCGCGCCGCCCGCCGGCGACGCCUUCAACUUCAUCAGCGACCUGCAGGUCUACCCGUCGGCCUUCUUCAACGUCUUGAUGGCCGUGGGCUUGUAUGUGUUGCGCUACCGCCGCCGCCGCCUCUUCGGCCCCUCUUCGUCGUCGUCGGGAGCUGGGGGGUUCCGCGCCUGGAAUGCGGUGAUCGUGUUCAAUCUGUGUGUGCAGGUCUACCUGCUCGUCAUGCCGUGGUAUCCGCCUGCGGGAGGCGCCUAUAAGGGUGAUGUGAGCUUCUGGUAUGCGACGUAUGUGGUUACGGGGAUUGGGAUUCUCAUCGGAUGUGUCGUCUACUAUUUUGUCUGGACCCGCGUCCUUCCCAGGCUCCGUGGCUACCGCAUCCGGCAGGAGACGAUCGUGUUCGAGGACGGCGCGCAGAGUCACAGGCUCGUCAAGGUGCCCGUGGACGAGCUUGCGCACUGGGAUGCGACGCACGACGCGGCGGGGAGGCCGCUGGGGCUGCAGCGCGGGAGAGAAGAGUCGUCGUGGGAAGUCGGCAAGAAUGUGGUCAACGAGAAGGUCGGGAGUGAGUAGUAGUAGUAUAGUUG